AUGGCUGUGAAACCACGCCCAUGGGGGCCAUUUAAACCUCAUCAAGAGCCCAUCGAGGUCCUGCCCUUGCCCUCCAAGCCCCGGACCGAUAAAUUACUUGGCAUCUAUAACAUCAGCACUCAUAUCAUACCUGCAGCCAAUCCCAGAAUCACCCCAGAAGCUCCAGUUCCCGAGCCACCUCCCACUUCGAAGAGAACCUUGAAAGAUAUCAAGAAGUCGGGAGUGGAAUUCACGGAACAACAGGUCCGGCAAGGGGGCGCCGACCAUUUCGGGGUUACGAACGAAAAUCUGUUAUGGAAUUGCGUCAACCGAUAUGCAAAAAAGGACAAGGAGGCUAAUGUCGGAACGAAGCGGACUUUCCGAAGGAAACAUGGGAGAUCACUCUAUGUCAUUUACUAUCUGUCUGUGGCGUCAUAGAUGAGAUAUGGUCAUGGGACUAAGUGCAACAUGGGGACUCUGCUCUGCUAAACGGACAGAAUCUCAGUGGUAGUGGGUGUAAGAGGACGCCUUUCAUGCCCGCUUGCUUGGAAUCAAUUGACAACAGCUGACUGGCUGACAAUGCAAGAGACUAUUGCAAAAUUUCUCAUCAAUUACAUGCCAGAAGAGGUAGAAAC